AUGGCUGAUAUUGCAAGACCUGCACUUGGCCAACAGGUCGCCAUCGGCACCCUUUACGACGCGAGAGUUGACCAAUUCCUCGCGUCUUCUAUCUUGCCGCCAAAUCCACCACAAGGAACCGUCUUGCGAAGUUCUUGCCAGCCCUCUCGUCAGCGCCAGAGUGGAAUACACCAAGGUUCCGAUCAUGCAAGUCGGUUCAACGCAAUGCGUAUCGAUGGCAACCUCGCAGCAAGCAUUCUAUCCGGCCUGAUCGACCUCAAAGGGUCUGCCAACUUCCUGAAAGACGGCACAGUGGACGGCAAUAUCCUCUAUGGCAUUAACCGGAGUUUCUUCAACACCUAUGAAGAUGCUCUCAAUCUCCACCAGAGUGCUUUGAGGAGCGGAAUGGCCUCUGGGUUCUUCCUCCCGGCUGAUCGUCACAGUACCCACGUGGUGACCGGCAUCCGAUGGGGGCUACAAAGCAUCAUGACAAUGAAGCAUCGCAUAGAGGAUUCAAGUCAACGGGCGGCCUUAGAAGUUGCUUUUCAGAAAGACUUGUAUGAACUUGACGAUAUUGCCAGGUCUAUUUACUCUGUAGACUGUAGCGACGAUUCGCUAAGUCAUCGGCUUAGACUCGACUAUGAGUUCAUGCUCUACACUGAUAUCCAACGCGAUUAUGGCAUUUGCCAGGAGACACUGCCUGUGAUGUGCAGGUUUGUGCAAACAGGUCCGCAGCAAAUUAUGCACACUACUGGCAGCGCAGGGUACCCGAUAGAGUAUACUUUACUUCCCAUACACAUGCUCCGUCAUCUCGUGCCUGGCAGGAGGGCUCUUCCCGGACCUCACCAUCCCCCGAGAGCUGUCACCAAUGUUGAUCCUUUAUUCGUUCUUUUUGAUGACUGGAGUGCUUGUAAGGAGAAACUCGAGGAGUACAGACACUCGCUGGUGGGUCGGGAACAAUAUCUUGCAAGGGACCACAUUGAAGAAGUCGAUACAGCAAUUACUCGGCUUGAAACAUCCCGGAAGGACUUCCAGAUGAUUCUACAAAGGAUUGUACUAGGGAUCAGAGAUGGCAUAGUGAACGAGAAUCGUCUCCAGCAGCUACGCAAUGUCCACGAAUCAUCUCCCAGGAAGAUUUCUAUGAUCGCUGGUCAGCAAAGCGACAAGCUCAGGUUCAUCGAGCAUUGUCUCAACAGUGGAGCGACCUAUAUUGGUUUCAAUGGUGCUUGCAUCAAUGAAAGCACGCUGUCUCACGACCCUCCUCCAUAUCACUUCCUUUUCAACAAUGCUGUCCUCAAGAGUUCAAGUUCGUGGAAUGAGCAGUGCACAACUCUGAGGGAGUUCCUUCACAACCCCCAGAACCAGAACCAGGUGUUUAUAGUCGAUUGCGAUGCUCCCUCUGAACACAGAGAGUUAGAAGCCCCUAUCUUUGGUCCAAUACGAACAACACAGAAGCCAGUGAUUGAAGUUUCAGAGUAUCGCGAGAGAUCAGCGGAACGCAGGCUUCCUACCAGGCAAGCAGAGCACCGGCAACAGUCACAAAGGUGUAUCGCUCGUUGUGAUCAGGGUGAGAUGGGUUUUGGUGGACGGAGACCGGCUGAGCUCCGUCUAGUCUGGAUCCCCUGUCCUGGGCAAUCUUGCGACCCUCACUUGAGUCGUGAAUGGGCCUGUGCCACUUGCGACACUCCCCUCGAGUUUGGGUCGAAGACCAACUGCAUCUACUGCGACUGUGGUUCAGCCGAUUGCAGCUCAUGGGACUUCAAGUGCAGUAGCGACAGUCACGGACGCGGCUUCGAUUGUUACCAUGCAGAUGAACUUUAUCGACUCUUGAUAAGAUCACAACGGCCUGAUUGUCGCAAUAUCCUGGUUUUAGGACAGACUGGCGUUGGCAAGUCAACAUUCAUCAAUUCCUUUGUCAACUUCUUGACGUUUGAGAGUUUCGAUGAAGCGAAAUCAGCCCGGAAACUAGAGUACAAGGUCCCGUGUUCCUUUGCAGUCAGUCACUGGAACUCAUCGGACCCGGACCAGGAACUUCAGAACCGGACGAUCCGCGUUGGUUCUGGGGAUGAUGAACACGACGGUACCAAUGGCGAUUCUGCGACACAGAGGACAUCAGUCUACAGGGUGACAUAUAAUGGCAUCAAAUACCGCAUCAUCGAUACUCCAGGUAUCGGCGACACUCGAGGCCCGCAAAUAGACAAUAAGAACAUCAAGGACAUCAUGAACACUCUGAAAAGAUAUGAAGAGCUUCAUGGAAUAUUGAUCCUAGUCAAGACCAACGAAGCACGCCUGACGGCCACAAUUCAUUUCUGUUUUGAGGAGCUGCUGUCCCAUCUUCAUCGCAGUGCUGUUGCAAAUGUUGUCUUUGGAUUCACGCAUACCCUCAUCUCUAACUAUGCGCCAGGGGAUGCUCUCGGACCGCUCCAAAACUUCCUGAAGAACAACACAACUGUUGACCUGAUGAUCAGUCGCGCAAACGCAUACAGCUUUGAUGCAAAAAGCUUCCAUUACCUGGCUGCGUACUUUCAAGGUGUCAGAGGCCAAGAUGAGAGAAGUUCCCGCGAAAGCUGGGAUAGAUCGAGAGCAGAAACGUUGAGGCUACUGUCCUAUAUAGACAACCUCAGACCGCAUGAGAUAAGGCAAACACUCACCAUGGAAGGCGCACGCGAAGCGCUUGGUCACUUGAUGAUUCCUAUGGUUGAGGUUUCUCAGGAGAUCAGAAAGAAUUUGAGCCUUCUGGAAGAGAAGAUGGCAGAGCUGAAGGACAUGCGCCUUACGGGAGAUGAAUUACGAAAGAGACUUCAUCUGGAAAGGAUCAAGGUUGUACCUACAAAGCUCGAAAAGCCUCGGACUGUCUGCAAGAACAAGCAUUGCUGCGAGUUCAAGUCCAAUUCCAACGGCGAGGUUGUUCCAUUUUACAGGUCAAUUUGCCACGAAGAUUGCAGACUGCCAGGUGUUACCGAAGAGUGCGUGGGCCAUCCGGAACUCAUCAAAUGCAGGGCUUUCAAGGAGACCAAAGACAAAAGUUGUAAAAGUUGCAAGCAUAGUUGGCAGGAGCACAUGCAUUUCUUCUAUGAACUGACAGAGAGUAAGGUCAGAGUCAAGGAUAAAGACGUUGAGAGACGCCUCAGAGAUAAUGCAAGCGAUGUGGCUCUACGACAAGAGGGUAUAGAGCGAGUUCGACAGCUUGAGAAGGAAUACAGAAGUGAACAAAGACAGUUACGAAAGGCAACAGCGCAGUUUGUCGCGUAUCUGAGAGAGCAUUCUGCCAAUGCCUUUAAUGAUGCGACUGAAAAGUAUUACGACCAGCUCAUCAAAGUUGAGACAGACAAGAUCCAGUACGGAAAAGACAACAGAAUCAACGUCGAUGCGAACAAGAGAAAGCUCAAGGGUUUAACGGAUGAUAGAGACAGGCAUCUCGAGCUUGUCAAGACGAUCCAGGAAAACAUGCAUGCUCCUCGUGACAAGACGGAGGCGCUUCUGACUCAAGAUGGGGUCGAGCAACUCAUCAGAGAUUUAUACAAUCUUAAGCACUUUGGCAAGAGCUUGAGGAGUUUGAGAGAUGAUAUUACGCAUUACAAGGAUCAUGGUAAACGAUCGUAUCGAUCGAGGUCGCGGAGGUCUCGAAGCACUGAGACGCGUGAGAAUGUAAGUGAUAGAUCAAGUCGAAGCGAUGAGCGAGAAGAAUCGGGACGGAGCAGGGGAAUUCUUCGAGGGAUUCAUAAAUUUCUGUCCGAUAGGUAG